AGAACAGAAUCUGAGGAAAGAAUCCAAGGAUAAGGAGGGUCUAGAAGUGUACGGAAUGUUGAAGGAAGGAAUAGGGUUCAAGGACUACCUACAUGGACCAAUGGAUGCAGGAACAAAGCUUAAGGUCAAAUUCAGGACCGGGGACAUAGGCCUUCGAGAACGUCGACGAAGACAUAGGACGGUAGACGAGGAAGACGACGAGUUCAAAUGUGAUUGCGGCUUCGAAUGCGAAGACCGUGUUCAUGUAGUCGCGGAAUGUCCGUUGUACAGGAAGGAGAGGGACGUGUACGUGACUGAGCUGGAAAAAAUAGAUAGGACGUACCGGGAGAUGUUUGAGGCAUGGAAUAGAGAGGAAAGGACGGUAGCUGUAGUGGGGCAUAGGAGGUGGGUUGAAAAGGCGGGAAGGAACGAUUGA